AUGAGUGACCAGUUGCGCUCUUCCCACGGGCGACCCCGGCUUCACCCUGAUGAUGAAGCAAAUGGUCGCGACGUGAUGGAUCAAGGGAGCGCCAGCGCUGCGACAUCUUCCACUCAUCCUGCCGGCUCCAGCUCCAGCACAACCACAACCACCACGCCGCACCGACACUCCACCUUCAGCCUUCGCUCGCCCACUCGCGCCCCAGCCCAACACCAUCCUGCUGCUGCUCCUGGUCCUGCUCCUCCUUCUUUGCUUUCUGACUCUGUGGCCGCUUCUGCCUCCUCCUCCUCCACAGCCAACCAUCAUCAUCAUCACCACCAUCGCCGCCAUCAUCACCAUCAUCCCGACGCGACCCCCGGCUCGACCCCAUCGUCCCAUCACCACCACCACGCGCAGCCCUCGUCCGCUACAUCCACAUCGCGACAGCAUCACCACCACCAUCACCACCAUCACCAUAAUAACCUCCCCGCCCCUUUUGCUGCCGCGCCUGCGCACUCCUCCUCUGCUGCUGCGGCAGCCACGCCCGCCUCGACUUCUGCUGCAAUGACUGGCGGCUCUGCUCCCGGUGGCCUGCCGCCUCUCGGCCCCGGUGCUUCAUCGCCAAACGCGAACCAUCACCAACACCAUCCGCAUCACCAGUCUGCCCCGGCGCGCCCUCGCUCUCCGCUGCGUCCCUCGUCGGGCUACUACCCGCCUGCUGGCGAAGCUCAUCAUCCGCCGCGCGACUCCAAGCCACCUGGCAGCUUUUACGAUCCCCUUACCGAUACCACAAUGAAGGACCGCAGUAGAGUCUCUGAUUCCUGGCACAAUGCCCCCCCUUCAGCUUCACCCAAGAGUCGCGAGGCCUAUCCCUAUCAUCCACCAUCUUCCGCCGAAGCUCAUCAACCCGCCUACUACAACGGCCAUUACACCGCUUCCAGAGACUCGCGUCCGUCGCCAUCAUAUAAUCGGCCCCGAAGCCCGCCGACGCACUCCCAUCCCAGUCUGCCUGUUGGCUCCCGCAGCCCGCCUACUAGGCAACCACACAUGGCGUCUCCCACCCAUCACCGUGCUCCCCUCAGCUCGACCCCCAAUGGCUCAGCUUCCCUGCUCAGCAAGUCGGAUUUGAGGGCCGUCUCACCCCUAAGACCUGCUGCUCCCGCGCUGUCAAGUACACCAAGUCGUGCCGACCCCAUGUCCUUUUCCAAUAUUCUCUCAAGUGCCGAGCCGGCGAGGCCCAGGUCGCCACCACCUGCCAUCGCCCCUGCCCCUGCUUUCGAGCUGCGUGUUAGGGAACAUAACGAUGAUACAGAGGUCGAAAAGGAUAUUGAGACUGAAACGGAGCAUCCCAGUGUCAAGGGUGUCGACGCUGCUGCUGUUAAGAAAAAGUCCGCUCGUCGCUCGACUAAAGGUAGAGCCUCUGACAUCCGAGAUGCCGCUGCCCCCAAGAGCCGUCGCGCUUCUUCGAGAAAAGAGACCACCCCUCGUGGUGCUGCCAAGCGCCAAGCUGAUGGACAGCCCAAACCCAAGACUUGGUCUCCAGAGAUGGAAAAGAAAAUUUCCAACUAUGAGGAAAAGAUUGACAACGAAACCGCCCAACUCGACCCCAAUGAGUUUGACGAGACUGAGUACAAGCAGCACGCCCAGAAGCGCCGUCGACUAAUGGACGACGUCGACACCCGUCAGCAGCGUAUGCGUCGCGAUGACUUUUCCGACCAGCAGAGCAAGCGCCUCCUCGGGCACGCCGAGCUCGGCAAGAGACGCUAUGACGACAUGUACUACGAUACCGCCCUCCAGGAGGUCCGCGAACAAGAAGUAUUUGCUGAAAAGGAGCGCAAAAAGGACAUGCAGCGCAAGCGACGUCGCGAAAAGUCCAUGGCCGUCACAAUGGAACUUAAGGAAGCUGCCCUUGCGCGCGCUGAGGCCGCCGAAGACGAUGAGGAGCGCCAAAAACACCUCCGCGAUGCGGAACGGGCAAGUAAAAAGGCGCAGCAAACCAAGCUCAUCUUGCAAAAGGGUAUCAAGGGUCCGGCUCGAAACCUUGAAAUGAGCUUCGAUGGCUCCAUGUCUAGCUUUGUCGCCUCCGACGCUGAAUCUGGCCCCAAGAAGAAGGGCCGUGGUGGCUCACGACCCAAAAAGUCAAAGGAGCAGAAGCAGGCCGAAAAGGACUCUGCUGUUGCUGCUCAGGCUGCCUUGGAUGCUGGUGAGGAGCUUCCCGCCAAGGAAGAGGGCAAAGUCCGCAUCAAGAUCAAGGGCCGCUCCAAGAAGGAUGGCGGCAAGGAGAAGGAAAAGAUUGAGGGCAAGGAAAGGGUCGACGAUGUCCCCGAAGCCGACAAGAAAUUUAUUUCCAAGGGCUACAACCAAAUUUACGACCAGAUUUGGCGCGACAUGGCCCGCAAAGAUGUCAACAAGACUUUCAAGCUUGCUGUCGACUCGUAUGCUACCAAGAGCUCCAAUCUCAAAAAGACUGCCAUUCUUGCCUCCAAGGAAGCCAAACGCUGGCAGCUGCGCACCAACAAGGGUACCAAGGAUCUGCAGGCCCGCGCCAAGCGUGUCAUGCGUGACAUGAUGGGCUUCUGGAAGCGCAACGAACGAGAGGAGCGCGACUUGCGUAAGGCUGCUGAGAAACAAGAGCUCGAAAACGCCAGAAAGGAGGAUGCGGAGAGAGAAUCGGCCCGCCAAAAGAGGAAGCUCAACUUCCUUAUCUCGCAGACCGAACUGUACUCUCACUUUAUCGGCAAGAAAAUCAAGACGGACGAGGUCGAGCGCAGCACAGACAACCCCGAGAUUGCUCCAGAUGGCGCGUCCAUUCCUGAAAGCAAGAUGAAUAUUGCAGAGUCUACAGGGCCCGUUGCUGGCAAGGUCACCAACUUUGAGGACCUUGACUUUGAUGCCGAGGACGAGUCGACUCUGCAAGCUGCAGCCGUGGCCAAUGCACAGAAUGCGAUUGCCGAGGCCCAACAAAAGGCCCGCGCGUUCAACCAGCAAGGCCUAGAUAUGGACGACGAGGGUGAAAUGAACUUUCAGAACCCCACCGGCCUCGACGGCGAAGUCGAGAUUGCGCAGCCCAAGCUCCUCAAUGCCCAGCUCAAAGAGUACCAGCUCAAGGGUCUCAACUGGCUCGUCAACUUGUACGAACAGGGUAUCAACGGCAUUCUUGCCGACGAAAUGGGUCUCGGAAAGACGGUUCAGUCCAUUUCGGUCAUGGCCUACCUGGCCGAGAAGCACGAUAUUUGGGGCCCCUUUCUUGUCGUCGCCCCUGCUUCCACCUUGCACAAUUGGCAGCAGGAGAUUGUCAAGUUUUUGCCCGACUUCAAGAUUCUCCCGUACUGGGGUAGUGCUGCAGACCGAAAGGUUCUCCGCAAAUUUUGGGAUCGCAAGCACUCGACGUAUCGCAAGGACGCAGCUUUUCACGUCUGUGUUACCUCGUACCAGCUAGUCGUGUCUGAUGUGGCUUACUUCCAGAAGAUGAGAUGGCAGUACAUGAUUCUUGAUGAGGCCCAGGCCAUCAAGAGUUCGCAGAGUUCCCGUUGGAAGUCGCUCCUCGGCUUCCACUGCCGUAACCGUCUGCUGCUGACAGGAACCCCCAUCCAGAACAACAUGCAAGAACUGUGGGCCCUGCUUCAUUUCAUCAUGCCCUCACUCUUUGACUCCCACGACGAGUUUAGCGAGUGGUUCUCCAAGGACAUCGAGUCUCAUGCUCAGAGUAAUACCAAGCUUAAUGAGGACCAGCUCAAGCGCCUGCACAUGAUUCUGAAGCCCUUUAUGCUUCGUCGUGUCAAGAAGCACGUGCAAAAGGAACUUGGUGACAAGAUUGAACUUGAUGUCUUCUGCGACCUUACCUACAGACAGCGCGCCAUCUACGCCAACCUGCGCAACCAGAUCAACAUUAUGGAUCUCAUGGAAAAGGCGACUUUGGGCGAUGACCAGGAUUCUAGUACGCUAAUGAACUUGGUCAUGCAGUUCAGAAAGGUCUGCAACCAUCCCGACCUGUUUGAGCGCGCCGAUGUCACUUCGCCCUACUCGUUUGGCUACUUUGCCGAAACUGCCUCUUUUCUCCGCGAAGGUAACAAGGUGACAGUUGGCUACUCAUCGCGUAGCUUGAUUGACUAUAAGCUCCCCUCUUUGGUGUGGAAUGAGGGCGGCCGCCUCUACAAGGCCGGCAACGACAACCGCAAGGCCGGCUGGAGAAACAAGGCGCUCAAUCACAUGAUGAACAUUUGGACGCCUAACAAUAUCCAGGAGAAUGCCAACGAGAAUAAGGCCUUUUCCUGGCUGCGUUUUGCAGAUGCUAGCGCUGGUGAAGUCUACAAGACCGUGCACAAGGGCGUGUUUGACCGUGCUGCCGACGAACUGGCGAAGAGCGACCGCCUGAGCCAGUUUGCCAUUGCGUAUGAUGAAGAAGAAGAAACCUUUUCGCCUGGCCACGCUCUGUUCAAGAUUGCGGAGCGCAACAAUCGAAAGCCUUCGGCAGACAUUACCAAGGAGGGCAUACUGUCGCGUCUGAUGAAUAUCUCUGGACAAUCCUAUGAUGACAGCGGUAUGGGUCGCCUGGACCUUGCUGGAAGACCUCGAGUCUCGGCGCCUCCGUUGGUCGCCAGUUCCAACAGUGUCCACUCUGAAAGAGAGGCUCAAGACGUCUUGUUCAACGUGCCUAUUCGCAAGAAGCUUUACGGCACGACACCCAACGAGGAGCAGGCGCUCGUCCAAAACCGGGUGCCUUUUCAUCUGUAUCCCCAGCCCAAGGUUCUGCCGGAGCCGGACAACGAGAAGAGACGCUUCACUAACAUUGACGUUCCUUCCAUGCGCCGCUUCGUCACCGACAGUGGUAAGCUCGCCAAACUGGACGAGCUGUUGUUCAAGCUCAAAAACGAGAACCACCGUGUUCUGCUGUACUUCCAGAUGACUCGCAUGAUUGACAUGAUGGAGGAGUAUCUGACCUACCGCAACUACAAGUACUGCCGUCUCGAUGGUUCCACCAAGCUUGAGGACAGACGUGAUACGGUGGCCGAUUUCCAGACGCGGCCGGACAUCUUCAUCUUCCUGCUCUCGACUCGUGCUGGUGGUCUCGGUAUCAACCUGACGGCUGCCGACACUGUCAUCUUCUACGACUCUGACUGGAACCCGACGAUUGAUUCGCAGGCCAUGGACAGAGCGCAUCGUCUGGGCCAGACGAGACAGGUCACUGUGUAUCGUCUGAUUACUCGCGGCACAAUUGAGGAGCGCAUCCGCAAGCGUGCUAUGCAAAAGGAGGAGGUGCAGCGCGUCGUCAUCCAGGGUGGCGGCGCCAGCGUCGACUUCUCUGGCCGUCGCGCUCCCGAAAACCGCAACCGCGACAUUGCCAUGUGGCUGGCGGAUGAUGAGCAGGCGGAGAUGAUUGAGCGUCGCGAGAAGGAGCUCAUAGAGUCGGGCGAGCUGGAUGCGAAGAAGAAGAAGAGUAGUCGCAAGAAGAAGGCCGAGGCGUCGGCUAGCCUCGAUGACAUGUAUCACGAGGGCGAGGGCCACUUUGACGAUGGCAGCCGUGCUGGUGCUUCGGGUACUGCCACCCCGGCGGAAAGCGAACCUAAGAAGCGAGGCCGAAAACCGGGCGGCAAAAAGGCCAAGACGGCCAAGCAAAGAUUAGCCAUGGCCGACGGCAUGGUUGACGGCUAA